AUGAAACCGGACGACAUUCGCAAAACAACCGUAGAGAAGAAACCUCAAAUCGACGACGGUAAUCCGUUAAAGCUCGUGAGCAAACAAUUCCUCUGUGGCACACCGAUUCGAUCGAUCCGGUGGCAUGGUCUGUUUGAGCAGGAACUAAGCUGGGACGAACAGGCUGCUCUACUAGACGUGACGGUAGAUCAUCCACUGGUGCUACGCUAUCCGAUCAGUGUCGAAUAUCAGGCAGCCUUUUUAAAGCACGUCAUCGCACAGCUGUCCAGCAUGAACGUUGAGCAUCACGAUCGGAUGUACGAGAAGUAUUGCGCGAUGCUUUCACCCGGAACAGAACUACCCCUGGACGAUCCGUCGAUCGGGCUCAGCUACAAACACUACGAACUACCGCACGGACAGGGCGUUAUAUCGUUGAAGGAAUCGGGCGCGUUCGUAUCGGACGGCACGACCGGGCUGUGUAGCUGGCAGGCGGCUAAAGCACUGUGCGAACACAUAUCGAACAAUCGGGACGAUUUCCACGGACGAAACAUACUGGAGCUUGGUUCGGGGGUGGGCUUAUCGGGGAUUUAUUUGGCCAAGUGUUACGAACCAUCGAUCAUCGUUAUGUCGGAUUGCCACGCGUCAGUACUGACGGCGCUGAAGGAAAAUGUAAGACUCAACUUUCCCAAUGCGGCUUCCGUGGAGUGUGACAAUCCGUUGGUCAGUCUGCUGCUGGACAGUGGGAAUACGCUUAUGGGCGUGAUGGAUCUCGAUUGGCAGUACAUCAGUGCAUCCAACUUGAGUCAACUGAUCGAACCGGACGUGAUCGUGGCUGCUGACAUCGUGUACGAUCAUACACUCUUUCCAGCGCUUCUUUCGACGCUAAACUACAUCUUUUGUCUGUCGAACAAUCGGUGUAAGUUUGUGCUGGCCUGCACCGAGCGGAAUCAGGACACGUUGAACGAGUUUCUACAGCUAUUGAUCACGGCCAAGUUUCGCAUCAACGAAGAAACGGUUUCACCAUCGCGACACUUUCACUGGGACAGCACCGCGUCCAACAUACGUAUCUUCACCAUAACGAGAGCCUUCUCAUAAGA